AUUUCUCUUCGUAUUUUCUCUUUUUCUUUUUUUAAUUAUUUGCCCAGCCUUUUCCUGUUUUCUUUUUUUCUUUCAGUGUUUUCUUUUUUUCCUCUUUCAGUUGUCACAGUCUUCUUAUUCGCCAAAACAGCAUAAAGGUUAAGCUAAAGCAACAGAGAAAAAGAGGAAGGAGCGCACAGAAGGAACGAAGAUCUAACGGCCAUGGGAUGAGACGUGAAAGCCGAAACCGGAGCAGCUCAAACUUUUUUUCCGGUAACAGCUGCUAAGAAAAACGGAGAGAAACCGCAGAGUCGUAAAAAAAAAAAAGUUUUUUUUCCCGGUAAUUUAUAGAGAGAUUGGAGAAGGCAGUCGACUUUUUUUUACAUGAUUUUUGGAGUUUUGGACUAUAUUGAUCAGGAAGCUAAGGUAGUGGGAGAUUUCAAGGAUUUGUAGGAAUUGUGGCUUCUGGUUCUGGUGUUGGUCAGCUACCAGAAUUCUGUGACAAAGAGUGUUCCACUGUAAAACAUUAAGAGGUGUUGGUGUUGGAGCUUGAGUCAUGGCAACUGCAGGGCGUCAUGCUGAUUCUAAAGGCAUGUAUUCAUGGUGGUGGAACAGCCACAUAAGCCCCAAAAAUUCCAAAUGGCUCAAGGAGAAUCUUACAGAUAUGGAUACUAAAGUCAAGCAAAUGAUCAAGCUCAUUGAAGAAGAUGCAGAUUCCUUUGCUAGGAGGGCGGAGAUGUACUAUAAGAAACGACCAGAGCUUAUGAAAUUAGUAGAGGAGUUUUAUCGAGCAUACCGUGCAUUGGCUGAGAGAUAUGAUCAUGCAACUGUGGUGCUCUGCCAGGCUCAUCGGACAAUGGCAGAAGCAUUUCCCAACCAAGUUCCCUUGGUAUUUCCAGAUGAUUCACCUGCAGGUUCUGCUUGUGAGGUUGAUCCACAUACACCAGAGAUGCCACCCCCAGUUCGUGUCUCAUUUGAUCCCCAUGAGUUGCAAAGGGAUGCUGGCUUGAAUAAUGGAGUGUUCACUGAAGAACCUGACUCUGUAACUAUCAGGAAAGGUUUGAAGCAGCUCAAUGAUUUGUUUGGGUCUGGAGAUGCAAAAAACCAUGUGAAGUAUGGGGAAGGAAAGGCAAGAAAAGGCCUCAAUUUUCUGGAUGUGGAUGAGAACGAACAAAAUUCACUAAACCAUGGGAGCACUGACCUCAAGGUUCGAGUGCCGUCUGAAUCUGAACGAGUUGGUAAGGCUGAGAUGGAGAUUUUAAACUUGAAGAAAGCUCUUGCUAGAUUAGAAGAUGAAAAGGAAGCAGGCCUACUUCAAUACCAACAGAGCUUAGAAAGAUUGUCUAAUCUAGAGGCAGAAGUUGCUCGUGCACAAGGUGAUUCCAUGGGACUUAAUGAACGUGCCAGCAAAGCUGAAAGUGAAGUUCAGACAUUGAAGGAUGCCCUCACCAAAUUAGAGGCUGAAAGGGAAGCUAGUCUUGUCCAAUACCAGCAGUGUUUGGAGAAAAUGUCUAAUCUUGAGACUAAUAUUUAUUGUGUCCAAAAGGAUGCUGGAGAACUAAAUGAGCGGGCUAGUAAUGCUGAAACUGAAGCUGAAGCCCUAAAGCAAUAUCUUGCUGGAGUAGAAGCUGAAAAGGAAGCUUCUCAGCUUCAGUACAAGCAGUCCCUGGAGACAAUAUCUAAUCUGGAAGAGAAACUACUUCAUGCUGAAGAAAAUGCCAGGAGGAUAACUGAGCAGGCUGAGAAAGCUGAAGGUGAAGUUGAGACUUUAAAGCAAGCAAUCAGCAAGUUGACUGAGGAGAAGGAAGCAGCUGCUGUUCAGUACAAUCAGUGCUUAGAGAAAAUAUAUAUUCUGGAGCAAAAAAUUGCUUGUGCAGAAGAGGAAGCUCUAAGGCUUAACAGAGAGGUAGAUGAUGGAGUUGCGAAGUUAAAGGUUUCUGAAGAAAGGUGUCUUCUCUUGGAUAGAUCCAAUCAGAGUCUGCAAGCUGAAUUGGAUUCUUUGGUGCAGAAGAUGGGGGCUCAAAGUGAAGAGCUCACAGAGAAGCAGAAGGAGCUGGGGAGGCUUUGGACUUCCAUGCAGGAGGAGCGCUUGAGAUUUAUGGAGGCUGAAACUGCUUUUCAAACCCUGCAGCAUCUGCAUUCUCAAUCUCAGGAAGAACUGAGAUCUCUGGCCUUGGAGCUUCGGAAUAGGACUCAAAAUUUGAAGGAUAUUGAAGCUUGUAAACAGGAUUUGGAGGAUGAACUCCUUAAGGUCAAGGAUGAAAACAAGAACCUGAAAGAACUGAAUUUGUCUUCUUCUGUGACAAUUGAAAAUCUGCAAGGUGAGAUUUUAAGUUUUAGGCAGACAAUACAAAAACUUGAAGCAGAAGUUGAACUUAGAGUGGACCAAAGGAAUGCUCUUCAGCAAGAAAUUUACUGUUUGAAAGAGGAAAUUAAUGAUCUAAACAAGAGACUCCAGGCUAUGAUGGGGGAGGUGGAGUCAGUGGGCUUAAACCCAGAAUGCUUUGGGUCAUCUGUGAAGGUGUUGCAGGAAGAAAACACAAUGCUAAAAGAGGUCUCUAAAGGACUCAGAGUUGAAAAACUAGUUCUUUUAGAGAAGCUGGAUAUCAUGGAGAAACUUGUUGAGAAAAAUGCUGUUUUAGAGAAUUCUCUCUCUGAUCUAAAUGUUGAGUUGGAAGGAGUGAAAGGGAAGGCAAAGGCUUUGGAAGAAUCCUGUCACUCUCUCUUGGGGGAGAAAUCUGCUCUUGCAGCUGAGAAAGACACAUUGAUUUGUCAGAUACAGAUUGCAACUGAGAAUUUGGAGAAACUCUCAGAGAGGAACAACUUUCUGGAGAAUUCCCUUUUUGAUGCUAAUGCUGAACUUGAAGAGUUGAGGAUAAAAUUCAAGAGCGUAGAAGAUUCUUGUCUGUUGCUUGGUGAUGAGAAGUCCAGCCUGAUCAUGGAGAGAGAAGGUUUGGUUUCCAAGUUGAAUGUUAGUGAGACAAGGCUGAAAGAUUCAGAGAAAAGAUAUGUGGAAUUGGAAGAAAAAUGUAUGAGUCUGGAGAAAGAGAGAGAAUCCAUGUGUCGUGAAGUUGAAGAGCUGCAAAAUUCACUAGCUUCUGCCCAACAACAACAAACUAUUUUUGCACAGUCAAGUGAAAUCCGACUGACUGCUAUGGAAUUGCAGAUUCAUUCCCUGCAUGAGGAAAGUCAAUUCAAGAAGAAACAAUAUGAAGAGGAACUGGACAAGGCCAUGACUGCUGAGAUGGAGAUUUUUAUCUUGCAGCAAUUCAUUAAAGAUCAGGAAGACAAGAAUUUCUCCUUGUUCAGUGAGUGUCGUAAGCAUUUGCAAGCUUGUAAACUGUCAGGAAAAAGGAUAUCUGAGUUGGAGCAUGAAAACUGUGAAAAACAGGUGGAGAUGAAAACUGCACUUGAUCAAAUUAGAAUGCUGAGAAUGUCAAAUUUUCAGGUGUUGAAGACUCUUGAGAUUGAUACAUUCUAUGAUUGUGAAGAUAAGAUUGAGCAGGACCAAAUGUAUCUUAGUGUUAUACUUGGCAGACUUAAAGAGAUGCAAAAUUCUCUUUUAAAGGCCGUAGAGGAAAAUCAGAAGUAUGUUAUUGAGAAUUCAGUUCUCAUUGUACUGCUUGGGCAACUGAAACUAGAUGCAGAUAAUCUUGCAGAAGAGAAGAAUGCUCUUAAUCAGGAAUUGUGGAUCCAAUCUGAGCAGUUUACAUCACUCCAGCACAGAGCCCAAAAACUUGUGGAGAUGAAUGAAGAAUUGAGUUCACAAGUGAUGUCAGGAGGCCAUAGAGAAGUUGUUUUGGGCACUGAAAUAGAGAAACUGCAUGGGCAACUAUCUGAAUUGCAAAGGCUAUACCAGAAUUUACUGGAAGAAAAUUGCAAGGUGCUUGAUGAGAGAAGGUCCUUGACGAAGGAAAUAUUUGACUUAUGUGAAGAGAAGCAUAAUCUAGAAGAACAAAACUCCGUUCUCCUCUCUGAAGUGGUAUCUCAAAGUAACAGUUCUCUAAUUUUCAAAAAUAUUAUGAUUGACAAUUUUGAGGAAGUAAAGCAGCUCAGUUAUGAUCUGGGUAAACUCAACUGUGUCAAUAAUGGCCUUGAGGAGAAUUUAAGGAAAAUGGAGAGGAAGCUUGAGGAUAUGCAGAUGGAAAACUCACAUCUCAAAGAUACAUUGCGAAACUUGGAGAAUGAACUGAUUUUGGUUAGAUCAGUUAGUGAGCAGUUGAAUCUUCAAGUGGCAAAUGGGAAGGAUCUACUUUUCCAGAAGGAAAAUGCACUUUUGGAAGCAGAACAGAUGCUUAGUGAAGCACAGGAUGAAAGAACAGAACUGCAGAAGAUAGUGGAGGACCUAAAGAGGAAGUAUGAGGAGGUUAGCAUGACUAGAGAAAAUCAGGAGAAGCAGAUUAUGAAGCUAUGUGGAGACUAUGAUCAUCAGGUAAAGGAGACUGAAAACCUUCAGGAAGCUAAUCAGAAACUGGACGUUGAACUGUUGAAAUUGCAUCAAGAACUUGAGAAAACCAAAUACGUGGAGGAAAUUUUGAGUGAUGAACUACGGAAGGGAAAGAAUGAGAUUGAAUUCUGGGAGACUAAGGCUUCUGCAUUAUUUGGUGAGUUGCAGAUUUCUGUUGUGCAAGAAGCAAUGCUUGAAGGGAAACUUCAUGAACUUAACGAGGCACAUGAAGACCUUGAAAAUAGAAGUACUUUGAAAGUUAUGGAGGUUGAUGAGUUGAAAGAAAGAAUUAGCACCUUGGAAGGUGAGAAUGGAGGUCUCAAAGCUCAUGUGGCUGCAUAUGUCCCUGCUGUCAAUUCUCUGAAGAACUGUAUAACAUCUUUGGAGAAUUGUAUUCUCAUGCGUGCUAAACAUCUUGCAGGUGACAAAGAAGUGAAGGAUGCUAAUAUGUCAGAUGGACUGCAUGCUGAAAGCUGUCAGAAGACAAAUGAAGAUCAAUUAACAGUUCCUGACAGUUUUUCUGACAUGCAAUAUAUGGAAUUCAGAAUUAAAUCUAUUGAAAAAGUACUAAUGGAAAUGGAGAAGUUUGCAAUGCUGGAAAGAAGAAAUGCUAAUUCCAGAAUAGAGGCUGCUAUGAGACAGAUUGAGGAGUUAAGGUCUGGGAACCACUCUGGUCGAGAAAGUAUUCGAGCAAAGAAGCAUAUGAAUGCAAAGCGAGAGGAUGGUCAUUUUCUCAGUAAGAUGCAGAAACCAACACCUGAAAUCUCUGAAGAGAGCACUGAUGUGAUGACAAAAGACAUUAUGCUUGAUCAGGUAUCUGAUUGUUCAUCAUAUGGGUUAAGCAGGAGAGACACUUUGGAGAUUGACGAUGAGAUGCUUGAGUUGUGGGAAACUGCCAAUCGCAAUGGCAGCAUAGACCUGAAAGUUGGAAAGGCUCGGAAGGGAGUUACCAUGCCAACCGAUCACCAUAACAUUGAACCAGUUAAGCAACGGAAGGGAAAAAAUCUCUCCACGGAAUCUCUGGUAAAGGAGUUGGGUGUAGACAAAUUAGAGGUCCCAAAGAGAUAUGCAGAGCCAGACCAGGAAGGAAGCAGGAGGAAGAUUUUAGAAAGGCUAGAUUCUGAUGCACAGAAGUUGACAAACCUUCAUAUCACCGUGCAGGACUUGAAGAGGACGGUGGAGAUUACUGAGAAGGCCAAAAAGGGGAAGGGACUUGAACUUGAUACUGUUAAAGGGCAGCUGGAAGAAGCUGAGGAAGACAUCAUGAAGCUGUUUGACAUAAAUCGCAAAUUGGUGUCUCAUGUUGAAGAUGGUUCCUUGUCCCUUGAUGGGAAAUCCACAAUAGAGUCAGAUGGGAACAGAAGUCUCAGGAGGCGGACAAUAUCAGAACAGGCACGGAGAGUGUCUGAAAAGAUUGGGCGAUUGCAGUUGGAGGUGCAGAAGUUACAGUUUCUUUUAUUGAAACUCGAUGAUGAAAAAGAAAGCAGGGGAAGAACCAGAAUUACAGAUCGAAAAACAAGAGUUCUCUUGAGAGACUAUCUCUAUGGUGGGAGAAGAACUAUCCAGAAGAAAAAGAAAACACCUUUUUGUUCAUGCGUGCAACCCCCAACAAGAGGAGACUGAGGCAAUUACAUUUGGCAUGCAUCAUCAGUCGAUAUUGUUUUCAAAUGUAAGGAGACAUUAGUUGUAUUGUCCAUAAAUUUUCUUAGACAGAAUUUGGCCGUUGGUUUAGAGGCUCUGUUGUACAUUUCAGGCUCUAUCUAUCAAAAGAAGCUGCUCUAUUGUGGCCGGCUUUGCUUAAAGCUG